AUCGUUCAUCACUAACAUCUUUGUCGAUGUUCGUAUUGACAGGAUACGUGGAAUUUAAUUUUCGACUAGUUUCCCGAAUAACUUGGACUUGUACUGCUUCUAUAUGUUAUUCAUUAUCGUUAUUAUUAAAUAACGAUUACCAGUGGUUUUCAAAAGGAAACAGUCUCCGGAGUAAGCCGUCUAACCACAUUAUUCAAAACAGACAUAAAGUACCACGAACCAGCAAGGGCGCCGUAGAAGUUGCAACAAAUAAACAAUUUUAGAUUUCUUCAAUAAAUAUUUCAAAGUUUCUUGAAAGCGAUGCAAACAAGCGAUGAUGCAAAGUUUAUUAAAAAACGCUGGAAAGGCGGCUGUAUAGAACCGCACCCCACGGACAUGGCACUAAUAGUCAACUAUCAACUGGAGGCCACCGUUUUUGGAAAACCCAACAACCCCAUGAUUGAGGAGAAAAAGAAUUGUCAGAAAACAAUACGCCUGCGUUCGCUUAAUAGCAAAACAGAUCCCGCUGCUCUUGCUCGCGAAGUGGUGGAAAAAUGUGAGCUUAUACACAAGUCGCAGCUAAACGAAGUGGAACAAAUCAUAUUCUACCUUAAGAACCGUAAAUACAAUGAUAUUGCUGAAAAUCCACAAGCAAACAAUCGUAAAUCGGCGGCAUUGCACACAUCUUAUACUCGCUCUUCGGCGCGCUCUUAUAACAGUGUAGGGGCCAUAUCUGGUAUAACUAUGGGAUCGGCGUCUAAUGGGGCCACAACGUCAGCUAUAUCAACGGCGAAUGUGACCAUUACCAACAUCGAGGAGUACGUCGAUCUACUAUACGAAGAGUUGAGUGAGCGAGUACGCGGAUCUGCCAUGAUACUUCAGAUGGCUCGGAAUCCCGAUAAUCUUGAAGAGUUAGAAAAAAGUGAGGCCUGCCUCAGUGCGUUAUCCCGAGUGCUGCGCGAAGAUUGGCGGAAAAGCUUGGACUUAUCCACAAACAUUAUUUAUAUAUUCUUUUGUUUUUCUACCUACACCAAGUUUCAUCCACUAAUUGUACAGUACAAGAUAGGGUCACUGUGCAUGGAUAUCAUCGACUUCGAAUUGCGUCGCUACGAAACUAUGCGUAACGAACUGGAUGUCCGCAAGCACCCUAACGGAUCGACCCCGCAGUCGGCCAAGACCGGCCAGGAUAGCCAUAAUCGUGGUACCGAGAACUCCCUGGACAUUAUGAAGGAAGAGAGACCAAAAGAGAUGGAGCCGCCUCGUCGACGUAUACCAGAGCUAAAACAGCGUCCUAAGUCGGGAAAUUGGAGUGGCUUUCACGGAACCAAUUCCUCUUCGCUAAUGAGAAAUCAAAUACUAAACAGCAGUUAUCAUGAGGCGCUUUCUGCCAGGGCUAGUGCAAAUGCAAUGGAAAUCGUUUAUACUGAUGAAGCAAGGCCGCAAUACAUUAAUUCAUUAGAUCAAAAUGAUCCUAAAAUAAAAAAAGAGGAAAUCGAUCGACUGAACAAGCAACUAAAGAUAUUUGCUAAGAAACAAGAACAGUUGCUUCGGGUUUCAUUUUAUCUAUUGUUAAACAUGGCCGAGAACGUCAAGCUUGAGGACAAAAUGCGACGGAAAAACAUUGUUAAAAUGCUCGUCAAAGCACUUGAUCGUCAGAAUAUUGAUUUACUUAUGUUGGCUACCACGUUUCUUAAGAAGCUUUCUAUUGUAGGCGACAACAAGGAUGAGAUGUACGCGUUAAACAUUGUGUCGAAACUGCCACGCCUAUUUCAAAACCCGCAUAUAGAUCUGGUGCAGGUAACACUUAAGCUAGUAUUUAAUUUGUCGUUUGAUGGUACAAUGCGGCUUAAAAUGGUUGCUGAUGGCUAUUUGCCUUUGUUGGUUAUGUUUAUUAACGACGAGAAGCAUCACGGAAUUGCGGUUAAAAUACUUUACCACAUGAGCCUCGACGAUAAGGUCAAGUCUAUGUUUAUGCUCACAGAGUGCGUACAAAUGGCCACCGAUGCUAUCAUAUUGAAUCUGAAUGUAAAGGUUGAUCUAGAUCUCAUAGCACUUUGUAUUAAUUUGUCAUUAAACCGACGCAAUGCACAUAUUAUGGUUGAAGGUCAGCGUCUACACAGUCUCAUGGAUCGAGCUUUUAAGUAUCAAGAUGCCCUAUUGAUGAAACUACUGCGCAACCUUUCGCAGCACGAAUCACUACAACUACAAUACGUUAAAUACGUAGGGGAUUUAGCGCGUAUUUUAACGAUCUGUGACGAUGAGUCCUUCAUCGUGGAGUGCCUAGGUAUAUUAGGUAACUUAGCGCUAACUGACUUAGAUUACUCGCAAAUAUUGCAGAAUCAUAAACUAAUACCUUGGAUACGACAAGUGCUAGUGCCCUGCGCAAGACUUGACGAUGUUGUACUCGACACUAUCGUUUAUCUGGGAACGUGUGCUUUCGAUGAGCUUUGUGCGCUCCUCUUCUGUCGCGCCAAGGUCGUGAUAUCAUUAAUCGAAUUACUUAAGGCCAAGCAGGAGGAUGAUGAGAUUGUGCUACAGAUAAUUUUUGUGUUCCAGCAAAUUCUGCGGCACGAAAGCACACGAGAGUACAUGAUUAAAGAAACUGAAUCGCCAGCUUAUCUUAUCGAUCUUAUGCAUGAUAAAAAUGAGGAGAUCCGUAAAGUGUGUGAUUAUUGUUUGGAUAUUAUUGCGAUAAGUGAUAGCGAGUGGGCAAAGCGUAUAAAGCUAGAAAAGUUCCGAAACCACAACUCGCAGUGGCUAUGUAUGGUAGAGUCGCAGCAGGAACGGGAUAACGAGCAAGACUACGUUGAUAAUAAUGAUAAUGAUAAUGAUUUAAACACGUUUAUACGAUCUGAGUACUUAGACAAUUGCAAUAUAUACAACUCAAACAUUAAUGAGCUUGAAUAUGACAGCCCAGCUAUAUCCACUUAUAGCAAGUAUGUAAGCACGUAUCGGCGCGGCCAGGAUCUUGAUGGAAUGUGUAAUAUGAGCUUUAGCCCCAAGUCGCAAGGUUCCAGCCAGGGUGGCGAUGAUACCAUUUCUAUGUUAAGGUCCAACAAGAUUGUAGAUACCGAUGGCUUACAUCAAGAGCUAACAUAGUAAGAUAAAACAAAUUAAGUAGUCUAUUUACAGCGUUGAGCUCGACGGCAUUGGCAUAACAGAACAGAUGUAACCUAAUAUGUCGCAUGGUCCCAUGUGGUAAAUACAUAUACUGGCGAGGCAGCUUUAUUCCCGUCAUUUACAAAACUAAAAUUUUCGUACAAUUUUCAAACUAUAUGUUUUAAUUGGUAGGUUUUUGCUUGAUUUUUUUUAUAUAUAACAAAAAUUGACACACAAAGAUAGGCUUUUUGCUGGUCUAGUCGUCUUUUCAUUAUACUUAUUAUUCUCAAUGGGCUAUUGCUUGGGCUUGCACACUCAGAUCCGAUAGCAGUCUGAUGGUGAUUGAACCGAGAGGCUCUUGAUGAAGCUAUAUAGACAGCUAGUUCAACCGGCAAGCCUAACAUUUAAUUCACACAAUAUUACCGGCCAGUGAAAACCAUUUGUUAAAUUAUUUUAGUUUAAAAAUUGUAUCAGAUAGUAAAAUCUUAGAUGUUACUAUAAGCCGCAACAAAUAAAUAACAAAACCCGCCACAAGCAACAAAGAAAUACGAGUACAAUAAAAAGAACGCGUGUCUUUGUCCCGCUGAAGACUAAAUGCGAUUACAGAAA